GAAAGAAAGACUUGGGAGCCACAAAAGUGUGGCAGCUUGCAGGUCGUGUUCCAUCGCCAUACUCGUGACGCUUGGAAUUUUUUUUUCUCAGUUAAUUUUUUACCGAGAGAGUGCCGUUGGCAUGCUCCCCUCUCCUCCCUUCCCUUUUUAAGCACCACCUCCCCUUCCCUCCUUUGGUGUAGUCCUUCCGUCCUCUUCCUCCUCCGCCUCCUCCGUUCCGUCUUCCUUCCACUGUGCUCUGAGAAAAGAGCUAUAGCAAUAGCAAGGGGGAUGGAAUCGGACGGGGAGCCAAGCUCGUUCCCUCAGAUGAGGGUUGGCCGCUUUCUCCUCAAGUUCUUUGGUUCCGCGUGCCUGCUGGCCCUCUCCUACCGCCUCCUCUUCUCGGGUGCCACCGGCUUCUUCGUCUUCUCCGGCUCCCCUGCCUCGGAGAUACCAGCAGCUAAAGGUGGGAACUUGCGGAGUGUUUCAGAUUACCCUUCAAUGGAGAAGACAGAUGCCCCAUAUACUCGACUUCCAGAAAUGGCAUGGCAUGGUAGGAAAGGAGAUUCUCUAAAAGAACAAUGUGACCUAUUCUCUGGGGAGUGGAUUCCAAAUUCUUCAGGACCGCCUUACACCAAUUCAAGCUGCAGUUUCAUAGAUCCAUAUCAAGAUUGUCUGACAAAUGGGAGGCCUGAUACAGGAUACCUAUAUUGGAAAUGGAAACCUUAUGGUUGUGACUUAUCUCCAUUCGAUGCAGAGAAAUUCUUGAAAGCCAUGCGAAAUAAAUCUUGGGCAUUCAUUGGUGAUUCAAUUUUCCGCAACCAGAUAGAGUCAUUGCUUUGCCUUCUUUCUCAGGUGGAAGAAGCUGUUGAGAUCUAUCAUGAUGAAACAUAUCAAUCCAUGACAUGGUACUUCUCCUCCCACAACCUCACUCUUGCAUUAAUCUGGGCUCCUUUUCUGCUCAAAGCUGAGAUAAAAAAUUUAGGCCACUCACAAUAUGAUAUUCAGCUUCAUCUUGAUGCCCUUGAUGAUACAUGGACAAGCCAAUAUAAUAAGUAUGACUACAUUGUGAUGUCUGGUGGACAAUGGUUUCUCAAAACAGCUAUUUUCUGGGAGAACGGCACCAUCAUCGGCUGCCACUACUGUCCUGGAAAGACCUUAAGAAAACUUGGGAUGGACUAUUCUUACCAAAAAGCCCUGGAGCUGGCUUUCCACUUCAUUACGGCAUCUGAUCACAAGCCACUUGUUGUUUUUAGGACUUGGACACCGGACCACUUUGAGUAUGGGGAGUGGUACAAUGGUGGGAUUUGCAACAGGACAGAACCUUACAAAGAAGGUGAGUUUAGUGGAGAUCCUGUGGACCAAGUUAUGCGAGGGCUGGAAAUAGUGGAGUUUGAGAAGGCAGCAGCAAUUGGAUUGGAGGAUGGGAUGCACCUGAAACUCCUUGACGUUUACCAUCUUUCACUGCUGAGGCCUGACGGACAUCCAGGCCCUUACAGGAAGCUUCAUCCUGAUAUCAGCAAGAGACCCCAGAAUGACUGCCUUCAUUGGUGCUUGCCUGGACCAAUAGACAUUUGGAAUGAUAUACUAAUGGAGAUUGUGCUGAAGGAGGGGGUCCAGAGGUCUUCAUCCUGAGAGAAGAAAACCUUGCAUCCACUGCAUCUGAGCAAAAUGAAUGAACCGAUAUGUCACUGGACUGGAGGAGAGAGUUCAUGAUCUUCUUGGUGUAAAUUGUCAGUCACUCAUCAUCAUGUUUUUCAUGCUUGCAAAUUUAAUAGCUGGUGAUAUCCUUUUUUAUUUUUUUUAAAAAAUCUCUCCACUGCCCCACCGCACCCCCCCUCUGUUUCAGAACCAAUUCUGUUCAUCCUAUGUAGUGUGUUGUAUUAUAUUGAUAAAGGUUGCUAAUAUGUCUUUUGAGAAAUAGCUUGUGAUGUGAAUAUAAUAACUGGUGAUAUUGUAUA